AUGGGGGCGUCUGCUGUCCUCCGAGCCGUUGCACAGCGCCUCACCCCCGGAUCUUUGGAGGCCCACGGUGAAAUGCAGUUUGAUCUGGUCAUCCACAUCGACUGUUCCAAAUGGGAGAGCAGGAGAGCGCUGCAGAGGGCUAUCGCAGAACAGCUGGACCUCCCUGCCCGGGUGAUGGAGUUGUUGGACUGGCAAGAUGAGGAGUCCCAUGAGGCCCAAUGCAAUAUAACACAAUCUCCACCAAUUAUAUUCUCCUUCAAGGAGGACGAUCUCCAUGGGGUGAAACAGGACUCCCGCGUGGAGAUACCACGGGUCCUUGAGGCGAUGUAUGAUCAUAUACAUAAGGUGAAUCAUAGGUUCUUGAUUAUUUUCCAAAAUGGGAGCAGCGAAGAGAUCAAUCUUUCUAUCUUUGGAUUCCCCCUCUCUGGCUACUCAAGAAACAAGGUGCUCUGGACAUUUCAAGGAAGAUUCCGGCUCUUCCCUAGGUUGAAGGUGGACGGUGCCAUGACCAUCACAAAGGCGACUGAUGUUUUUCUCUCAGCCUCACAGCAUGAGAAAGAUAAACAGGAGCUCCGGUCCUACCUUGUGCACCAAGAGGCCGUAGAAUCUGCACCUAGGAAUCAGCCUUCACAAGUUGCUGAGUAUUUCUUGUACAUGUGGAAUCUAUGCUGCAUGAGCUAUCACUUCAGGGUGGACUAUGAUUUCAACACCCACUGCUGCAACUUCUGGAUAUGUGAUGGCAUCCUACAACACCAGGUACGACAGCAAAGAUUCAUGCAGAGGGAUACAACGUUGAAAAAUCCAUGCAGAGGGAUACAACGUUGCAACUUCUAG